AUGUGGCUGCUCGAAACUAUUGGCGUCCACGUUAAUCAAGUCGAGUUAUUCUUCAUGGGUAAAGAGACUUUCGACCCUAUUGAUUUUGUGCUAUUUUACGACCUUAUCAUAAAGGUCUACAAUGUUGAGCAAAGCAAGAAGCCGAAGGAGAACGAAGAAGAUAGCCUUUUGGAGAAGGAUCUUACCAAAGCUUUCGAGGUUUUCGGUUUGAAUGAUGAUGGAUUCAUUUCCAGUGACGAGUUGGAGAGUGCAUUGUGGAGAUUAGGAUUGUGGGAUGGAGGGAAGGACUAUAGAAGCAUGAUUACUGUUUAUGAUACUAAUUCUGAUGGGAUGCUUGAUUUUGAGGAGUUUCAGAGUAUGAUGUUGGCUUCAACUUCUAGAAAAUUGGUAUUAUAA